AUGUCGACCGCAUCUACUCUAGGACUUCGACACAACCCCGCCCUUACAAUUCCUCUCGUGUCAUCCUCUCUCACAGUCUUUUAUGCAAUCAUGGAACCUGUGAUUUUCCAUUGCUUUCUCAAAUCCGCAAAAGAGGACCUUCCCGCCACCAACAAAAUCAUGCGCAUAUGGUGGUCGAACUUUCUCCCUCCCGGCCUAGUGAUGAUCGUAUCUACCACUCUUCCCAGUAUCAUUGGCGGCACAUACGCUCUUCGAUAUUUCCCGCGAGGCGGUUUGAAAUGGAUAAUGUGUGUGGCUGGCGUAAUGCUGAGUUUGGGACAUUUUGCUUUUGGACCCACCAUCGCCCGAAAGAUCCAGAGCAUCUGUGAUGAAGAGGAGGAAAAGAAAGGGAAAACAAUGGACUAUGUGAGCCAAUGGCUCAAUGUCCACUUCUGGAGAACGCUGUUGACUGAUUUGCCGUCGCUAUGUUGCUUUGGAUUUGUGGCAUUUGGCCACUAG